AUGAGUGAUGGUGGACCUCAGUUUGCGUCUUCUACUCUUCGACGCUUCCUGGCUCGGUGGGGGGUAGAGCACAGGAUCACUUCGCCGUACAACGCCCGUGCAAAUGGCCAUGCAGAAGCAGCCGUCAAGGUGAUUAAGAAGCUGAUACGGACGACUUCUUCACAUGCUUCCCUGGACGAUGAUGCUUUCGCUCGUGGGCUCCUGGAGCUGAGAAACACACUGAGGGAGGACGGACGAUCUCCAGCUCAAAUAUAUCAUGACAAGACCUCUAAGCCACUCUCUCAAUUACACAUUGGUGCCUUAGUGGAUGUUUGGGAUCAUGCAACUAAUAGAUGGGGACUACUGGGCAUUAUUACAGGUGUUGGCUUCCGCCGUGAUUAUCUGGUGAAGAUGGGCAGCGGACGCACACUGUGGAGGAACCGCAGAUUUCUUCGCAAUCACCAGAACGAGGGCGUGUUCACUUACACGUCACCCAGCCAGUCCCCGCCGAAUGUUGUGGGGGAAAACAUUCCCUCAGUGGAUCAGCCAGAAUCAAGGAAACUACUGGCUGACCAGCAUCUAUCAGCUUCCCCGCCUCUUCGUCGCAGCACUCGGCACCGCAGAGAACCCGACCGAUUAGCAGUUCGUUGGGGUACACCUACCUACGGAGACGAGGAAGAAGACGACCGUGAUGUUCCGGACAACCCUGUCAUCUCGGGGGAGGUGUAUGAUAGCAGCGUGAAAGAGAAGAGUGAAUGA